UAGUGGAAGAUCUUUACUGAAUUAGUUCGGAAUUGAGCCAAUUUUCAUUUAAUUUAGACAACGGGAAAGAAACAUUGUUUCUACAUUUUAAUUUAUGCGGACUAAACGAUUCCGGCUUGCCAGUAAUACCAGUACAGUACAGUUACCAGUCAUAUAUCCGAACGAUCGCUACGCUACGUCAAACUCGUCAAAAUCAAGUUAGAGAAAGCAGUGAAUGUUUGUUUUUACCAUUUUUUCUCUGGGUAAAAAAAUAUAACACUAGUAACCGUAAUAAAUUUGCAACAGAAGGAUUCGAAUAUUGUAUAAUAAUUAUAUCACGUGAAGAGAUGACACCGUUUAACCGGCACUGAAUAAGAAGAGCGGUCAGUGUCGCGACGAUGUCUCUGUUCCCGGCUUACAGUAAUGAGGCUGCCGCAGCCGGGUCCAGCCCGGGCGGCGCCGCGAUGUGCUGGGAGGCGGAGGCGGCGGCGCCGAGCGGCGAGGCGGAGCGCGCGCUGCUGGAGUCCAGCGACAGCGAGCCGGAGCCCGCGCGUGCGCCCGCGCCGCGCGCCGAGCCCGAGCCCGACUACUACGUGGACCGGCGCUUCGACGGCGGCAACCUGCGCGUCUCCACCAUCUACUACCCGGCCCGGCCACAGUACAACAGCGGAGAGUUCCACCUGGCGCUCGGGCUGAAGCAGUGUGCGACGCGCAGGAAGCGCGCGCGCCGCUACUGGGAGGCGCGGGGGGAGGAGGGCGCGGGGGAGGGGGCGCGCGCCGAGGGCGAGGGCGAGCGCGGCGCCGCGCUGCGUCGCGCGCUCGUCGACCGCCCGCGGGACGUCGACCUCUGGCUGCAGUACAUCGACUAUCAGGAAUGGGUGCACGGCACGGAGGCGGCGCGGGCGGCGAGCGAGGCGGCGGCGGCGCGCGCGCCCGGCUCGGCGGCGCUGCGCGCGCGCCGGCUCGCGCUGCUGCAGCGCACCGAGGCCGCGCAGGACUACGUUACGCGCCUGCGCGACGAGAUCACGCAAGAGAAGGUUCCUAGCGUGACGGCGGAGCUGUGGUGCCACCUGAUCGCGGCGCUGGCGCGCGCGCCGCUGGGCGGCGUGGCGGGCGCGGGCGCCGCCGCCGCCGCCGCCGCGCGCGCCUGCCGCCGCCUGCCCGCCGCCUACCCCAACAUACUCUACACCUAUGGGUCGGUGUUGCGCGCGGCGGGGCUGUGGGAGACGCUGGUGCUGCUGCUGGAGCUGGUGCUGGCCGCCGCGCCCGCCGCCGCCCGCUCGCUGCCCGCGCCCUUCCCCCCGCCGCGCGACCCGCGCCACGAGCGCGAGGCCGAGGCGCGCCUGCAAGACUACGAGGAUAAGGUGGUGAACAGCGGGCUGCCGUCGGGCGCGGUGUGGUCGCGCGUGGAGCGCGCGCGCGGCGCGGCGCACUGGCGGCCGGCGGACGCGGGCGCGGACGCGGACGCGGGCGCGGACGCGGACCCGCAGCGCGCGCCGGCGCUGGCCGACGUCGCCGACCUCGUGCUGCCGUGCGCCGACCCCUCCGCCACCUUCCUGCUACUGGUUAACGCGCUGCGCCUGGCGAAGGUGCCGCUGCUGCCGGGCGCGCAGUACGUGCACGCGGCGGCGGGUGCGGGUGGCGCGGGUGGUGCGGGGGGCGCGGGGGCGCGGGCGAGUGGGACGGGGGGAGGCGCUGCUGGCGCUGGUGGCGGCCGCGCGCCGCCUGCCCGCCGCGCACGCCGCGCAUGCGCACGCCGCGCCCGGCGCCGCGCGGGACCUCGUCAAGCUCGCCGUCGACCCGCCGCACUACUUCAGCGACGAUUACGGGUACCGCGGCUGGGUGGAGGCGCUGUGGGAGGCGUGCCUGGCGGCGGCGGCGGGGGAAGGGGGGGCAGCGGGGGGCACCGCCGUGGCCGCGCUGCUGUGCUGGCGCCUGCGCUGGCUGCACGCGCAGCUGCUGCUGCUGCCCGAAUGCCGGGAGAGCGGCGGCGAGGCGCGGCGCCUGCGCGACGCGGCGCAGGCGAGCCUGCGGCGCUGGGGCGGCGCGCACGCGCUCGCCUUCGCGCUCUUCGCGCGCCUCGCACACGCCGCCGCGCCCAGGGGAGGGGGCGGCAAGCCGGACGCGGGGCGGCGCGCAGCGCUGGUGGCGCUCCGCGCCGCGCUGCAGGACGCCGCCGCGCCCGCAGAGCACCUGCUCUACAUCGCCAGGAUCGUGGACGAGGUGCACGGGGGCGCGGGCUCGGGCGGCGCGCUGUCGGCGGCGGGCGCGGCGGCGCUGAGCUGCGCGGUGCUGCGCCGCGCGCUGCCCGCCGACGCCGACCUCGCCGCCGCCGCCGCCGCCGCGCCGGCGCUGCUGCAGGAGGCCCGGGACGAGGUAUAACCGCAUCAUACAACUAAUAUUAGUAGGAUCGUGGACGAGGUGCACGGGGGCGCGGGCUCGGGCGGCGCGCUGUCGGCGGCGGGCGCGGCGGCGCUGAGCUGCGCGGUGCUGCGCCGCGCGCUGCCCGCCGACGCCGACCUCGCCGC